AAUAGUGGGGUGCGUAGGCAGGAUUGACUCUCGGAUAUCGGAGGUGUUUCCUAAUUGGACAACAAGUUUUGAUGAGCAAGGCUAUUGGCUGGAAGUUGUUUUUUGGUCUCUGGUGGUUGUGCGACAGUUGGAAAAGCCUUUCCGAAGUCUUGGAGGAACCCCCCACCCCCGGCUUCCCCAGGUAUGGACGAGGAGGAGCGGGCAGCGACCGAGGACCGAAGCAGCAGCAGCAGCAGCGACGGCGUCCUGGAGGUACUCUUCUUUUAGUUGCUCUUGGGUUGGGUUGGUCCGGACUGCAGCCGGCGGGUCCCCUAGAGCUUUCUGGCUUCGUGGGGAUGGUGGGUCUGUUCCCUCUGGAGGUAGAUCAGCCAGAACUGGCCCGUCCAGGUGCAGAGCACCCCUCUCGCCUCGCUCUGAAGGGGGUGGUGGUGGCUGGCGGUGGCAGGAGCUGUAAAUGUCCGGGGUGGGUGAUGCACACCUGUUGUUCCCUGCCGAUCAAGCCGUCUUAUUCCGAGUCGGAGCGUUGGCCCAUUUAUUCCACAUUGCAACAUCUCACCCCAAGCAUGCUUGGUAUGAUUUACCCACCCUGCAGCUUCAGAUCUCCGGAAGGUCUUCAUCGCCCGCUGCGUACUGUAUUAGUUUACCCGGCAGUUGCCUGUGCUGAACUACAAAGAAACACAGUGUUUUGCUUUUUGUGAACUAUGUUGGAAAACCAUAACGUUUCACAUACGACUGUUGGCAAGAUUCAUUUUGAACUGUUAAUGUCCAUUGUCCUAAGUUCACAAUGAAGCUCAUCAACCGUGACAUGUAAAAUGGAAGAAGAAGCAGCUGUGGAGCUAAAAAAUAUAAGUUCUGUGAAGAUGGAAGAGCAGGGCUCCAGGGGAGACACUUUGAUAAGUGUAUUGGAAGGAGCAAACCAAAACAUAAAUAAAGCCAAAGCCCAAAAAGACACUGAAAGCUUUGAAUCUGGUAGCUACUUAAAAGAUCAAGUGGUGGAAUUAGAACUAAGGGCUGUUGUUGAAGACAGAGAUAAAUUAGCUGAAUGUGUUGUCUCCACAGUGAAGCAGGGACAAGCAGGCACAUUUAGCAGUCCUGAACAUACACACCUUGAAAAUGUUUCAUGGAAUGCAUCUCAAUAUGGAAGUGUUCUGGAACCUAGCAUUGAGGAGGCAAUAAGUUAUUUUGAUGAGCAUAGGCAUUCCAACAGUUUGCUACAAGAGACUUCAAAUGAAAGUGAGCUCAGUGUAAAUUUAAUUUCAUUUUUGUCAGGAUAUUCUUCACCAUGGAAGGAAAUAGAAGAACAUAAAUAUAUAGGUAAUGGUCAGAAUGACUUGUUAAUAAGAGAGACUGGUAUGAUUAAUCCUGUUUGUGAUGAAGGUUUAGUGUUUGACAAGGUUUUUCAAGAAGAACAAAGGGAUAUGACUGCUGAAGUUUCAGUUAUUCAGUUAAGAGAACAAGAAGCAUAUCUUGAUUCUGAAGAGAUUGACAGCCAAAAAAUGAAGGAGAUGGAACCAGAAAAAAGAAAGCAAAGAGAAAACAGUGAUCUAGCAACUUGUGUUCAAGAAUUCAGAUGUAUAGUGCCAGACUUAACAUCCCUUCCCUGGGAAGGAAUGGUAAAGGACCUCCAGCAGGAAAAAGAAACUUUAAUGAUGCAGUUGAGAGUACAGGAACAACUGGUGAAAGAUGUUCAAGAGCAAAAGACAGCCUCUGAUUCUGUGACUAGUGAAGUUCAGUCUCUGUUUGGAAGACAGCUGGCUGUUUUGCAGAGGCAAAGGGAUCAAAUGCAAGUCCAGGUUGAUAUUCAGAAGGCCAGAAACAAGACUCUUUCUGAACUACUUGGUCAAAAAGCAGUUUUAGAAAAGGUCUUACUAAAAGAACAAGAAGAUUUCAAAUUGGAAGUUAAUAAAAAGGAACAAACCUUACUAGGUUUGAAUAAGGAAAAAUCAAUCUUAGAGGAAGAACUUCUUUCAGUAAGGCAUAGUCUAAUGAAAACAGAAGAAGCUUUGGAAGAGAGUGCUGACAAAAUAAUGAUACUUGAACAAACUGUAGAUGAGCUUGAUGUGAAAACCAAAAGCAUUCAGGAAUCUAAAGAAUCUGAAAGACUAGAAUUUGAAAAGAAAUUAAAAGCCAGUAAUACAGAACUACAGAAGCUUAGCACUAAAAUGACACUAAAAGAAAAGGAAUAUCUUCAGAAGACAUACAAACUGAGUGAAGAAGUUGCUUGCUUAAAGGAUAUUAAGUCAAAGCUUGAAACUCACUUAGAAGAGACCCUACAGAAGUCGGUACAGAAUGUAGAAGCGAUACAGUGUGAGAUGGGAAAACUUCACAAUGAGGAAAUUAGUAAAAUAGUGUCUCAUCAUCAUUCUGAGCUUACGGAUCUGAAACGACAACACCAGAAUGCAACUGAACUAUUAAAUGCAGAAAUUAGAGAGAGAAUGGAAAACCAGCAACUGCUAGAAGCUGAACAAAAAGAACAGAUUGGAGUAAUUAAGAAGGUUCAUGAAAGAGAACAUGAUCGUGAAAUAGCUGAAUUAAUUGCUCAACAUGAGAAUGAAAUAAAAGAGUUAAAUUCUAAGUUAAUGAAGGAGCAGCAGCAAUUGCUAGAUGAACUGCAACAACAAAUGGAAACGGCGCAUCAAGAAGAGAUGCAGCAAGUGGAGGCCUUACAUAAUCUUAAACUGGAAACUUUAAGACUAAGUUUGAACAAUAUGCACACAUCCCAGUUGGAGCUGACACAGACUAAUCUGAGAAAGGAGAAGGAAACUGCCCUCAUGGAACUACGCGAAACACUCAAUGAUAAGCAUGCUCAAGAAGUAGCAGUUCUACAAAGUCGAUACCAGUUUGAGUUGGAGCAUAUUAAGGAACAGAAUCAGAUGGAAAAAGAAGAAAACGUUUUUAAGCAUCAACAUGAUCUAGAUAAAGAAAAGAAGGAAAUGGAUGAGAAACAUACCCAAAUAUUGGAGAGUCUUAAAAGAGAAUGGACAUCAAAUAUGGCUAUCAGCUUAAAGAACAUGUCUGAAGAGUUAUCUGUGAAACAUCAGACUGAAUUAACUGAGAAGGACAGAAUUCUGAAAGCCAAGAUUGAAGAAGUAAAGGGAAGGUUUGAUAGCCUGUCUCUGGCAAAGGAACAGAUUGAAAUGGAAUAUAAAAACUUGAAAAACCAAUAUCAGCUGGCCACUACAGAGCUGCAAACGAGACAUGAACAAGAGUUGCAAGAUUUGAAAGAUCAAAGCAAGAAGUGUGAAAGAGAGUUGCAGCAGGAGAUAGAGAAACUUCAGACUGUACUUGAAAAGCUAAAGGCAGAGUCGCAAGAAGAAAUUCAACGACUCUGGUCACAACUGGAUAGUGCACGGGCAAGUCGUCAAGAAUUAAGUGAGCUGAAAGAUCAGCUGCUUGUUCGCACAUCCCAUAUGGAAGAAAUGGAAUACCUGAAGAAGGAUUUUCAACUUAAAUGGGAGAAAAGCAAAAGUGCACAUGAAAAUGAGCUGGAACAAUUAAGACUUUAUUUUGAAAAGAAGUUGAAGGCUGUGGAAGAAAACUACAGAGAAGAACUAACAAUGCUGCAUCAGAGAAUGCAGGAAGUGAAGGAUUAUUCUUUGUUGGAGGUGGAGAAUGACCAAGAGCAACGUGUGGAAUUUGGCCCAUCUAUAACGCUUUUAGAAGAGAUGACUGAAAAAGAGAGACUGGAUCUGUUUGAGCAGCUAACUCAGCAACUAGAGCACCACAAGGAAGAACUGUCUUGUUUACAGCUGCAUUUGGAUAAAAAACACAGAAGUGAAGUAGAAUUGUUGAGAUCUUCCCUCACACUUCAGUACCAAGAGAACCUAAUGAAGAUGAAGAUGGAUCUUUCAGAGAGAUAUGCCUCUGAAAUUGAGGAACUGAAAAGAAAGCAUUGUUUAAAUCUUGAACAGCUCCGUGCCAGAAUUUCAGAAGAGCACCUCAGAGAAAUUACUAAACUUCGUCUACAAAGUGCUCAGUGUGCUGCACGUGAAAUAGAAACGGAGGUGGCUGCGCGGCUCUUGGUGAUAGAAAAUGAAUACAAAGCUAAACUUGAUGUUCUUCAGGCUGAGAAGCACUCCAUCUCCACUCAACUAGAAGAAAUUGAAGAACUGAAGAGAGAAAAUACUAAAUUAAAGGAAAUUGGUAUACAGCAAGAAAUGCAUAUGAAACAGGAGCUAGAACAGAUUAAAUGUAAGCUCACUGAAGAACAUGCGAAUGAUUUGAGAAGAACCAGAGAAGUGGUCCAGGAAAUGGAACAGAUUCAUAAAGCAAAGGCUGAAGAAUGGAAACUGGAACGGGAGGACCUGAAAAUGAAAACUGAAGAGAAAUUAUCGCUGGUGUAUGAAGAGCUUGAAAACAAGGCAGAAUAUGAGAAGCAAAGCUUGCAAAAGCAAUUUGAACGUCGUGAAGCUGAAAUGACUUUACUUCACGAGCAGCAGGCUGCUAGAAUUGUGGAACUGGAGAAGUCUCUAAAGGAGCAGCAGAACAGUGUCCGGCAGCUGGAGGACAGCUUACUAAAUGCACAGAAGUCUUUGGCUCAAGGCAACAAUGAACUGACUUCCAUAAAGGCCCUUGUGGCCAAAGAAUUAGAAGAAGCUAAACACAUGUUAGAAGAAGAAUAUCGAGCUAAACUUGAGGAUGCACAAAGCAGAUUUGUGGAAGAGGGUAAAGUUAUGACUACAAAACUUAUAACAGGACAUGAAAUGGCCCUUCAGGAACUGAAGGAAAAGCAUGUUGCUGAGCUUCAGCUCCAGAUGGAAGAUCUGCAACAUAAUCAUGAAGAACAAAUGUUGUCCUUCACAACUGAUCUACAGGCAAAGCACCAAGCUGAAACAGAGGCCCUGAAAUCCACAUUAGAAAGGAAACAGCAGACUGAACUAAAAACUCAUGUGGCUGAUAUGCAGAGAAAUCAUCAGGCACAAAUUGCAGAGUUGGAGACAAAGCAUUUAACAAAUUUGGAUACACUGGAGUCUACAUAUGUAUCUGAAAUUCAGCUCCUGCAAGAUGAGCACAGGCAAGCUCUUCAGGAUUUGCAAAUAAAUCUGAGAGAACAGCUACUUCAAAAGGAUAAUGCAAAUCAACUGCUUUUGGCUCAAGAACUUGAUAGAGUGAAAUUUAAACAUGCCGAAGAACUGCAAACUUGCCAAGACUCUCUGAAAAUAGAGCUGGCUACUGUUCACAUAGAAAAACUUAAAAUAAUGGCAGCAGAACUGGAGGAAGUUCAUAAGGAAGAUUUGACAAUAGCACUGGAAAAACAACGCUGUUUAUUGGAGAGUGACUAUCAUAGAUCCCUGGAUGUGUUGCAAGGAGAAAUCCUCCAUAUAGAGGAACAGCAUAAAAAAGCAGUGCAGGAACUUCAAAAUCUCCAUGUUGCGGAAGUUCAAAAAGAAAAAGAAAAUUGCCAGCUGCUUCAGAAAACAAUUGAGCAACUGAACUCAGACAAACAGCAGCUGCAAGAAAAAAUCAUAUCUUUAAACAAAGUAAUAGAAGACACUGAUGCUGAACUGAAAAACGUUCUACAACAACGGGACCGAGAGAAUCAGGAAGGAGGAACUUUGAUAGCCUUGUUGAGAUCUGAUAUCGAGCUUUCUAGGAAUGAAGGGAAAAAGCUGCAAGAAUGUUAUCAGCAAGCUCUGAAAUUGCUUCUAAAAAUGGUGAAGGCUAUGAAAGAUAUGGAAGACCUUAUCUGCAAGAAGAUUGGUCUUUGUGUUGAUGACAAUCUGGCAUCUGGAGAUUCAGAGGAGAGUUGCAGUAUAGUGGGAGAAACAAUAGCAGAACAAAAACAUAAAGUUGUGGAGAAAGGGGAGAGAAAGAAAAGUGAUAAAUCUGGCCAAGGCAAAGUUCUUGAUCCAGCUCUGCCGGAAUACAGCUUUGAUUCUUCAGUGCCCGAUGAAAUGUUUGAGCUGAGUGAGCAUUUAUGUGAAAGUAUUUUUGAAAACCCAGACCUGGUAUUUGAAAAUGAAGACAGGAUCCAUAUCAUUUGUCGUCGUUCGCAUAUUGCUGUGGAAAAACUUCUAGAACUGGUUGCAGAAUCAACUAAAGAGCUGGAGGAAACACACAAACUCCAUAUUCACAUUGAAGAGGAAUUCAGUCAGAGAAAUUGCAAAGCAUGUCACCAUCAGCUUAUGAAUUGUCUUAAUGAAGAGAGUGAAGCAAAGAAUCAGUUGGCAUUGGAGCUUCAUAAAGCAAGAGGCCUUGUUGAAGGCUAUUUAGCAGAGAACUGUGCAUUGGAAGAAGCUCUGAACCUGAAAGAAGAGUCUGAAUGCCAUCUUGUUGCAGAACUGGAGAGUUUGAAAGCACAGUUGCAGGAACAUGCAAGAUCUGUUGAGGAGCAGAAGUUGCUAACAAGUCAAGAUAAAGCUUUGGCUACCAGUGCAGGGGAGAGGGAAGUUGAGUUACUCAAGGAAGUUGAGCAUCUAGCAAAAGCAAAAUUAGACCUGCAGUGUCAGGCAGAAAAGGACUUUUCCACCAUGAAUGCUCAAAUGAAGCUCUUAGAGAUGGAACUUGAGGAACAGCUAAACAAAAAUAAAAAAAUAGCACUGAUGUUAUCGGAGGCUACUGAGCUAAGACAACAGAUACAAGCCCUUGAAAGGCAACUUAAGAAUCAACGAGAGUUCAUGGAUAAACAAGCUAUUGAACGGGAGCAUGAACGUGAUGAAUUCCAGGAAGAAAUUAGGAAAUUAGAAAUGCAGUUAAAACAAGCAGCAAAAUUUGAGGCUUCUGGACAGUCCAGAGCAUAUGUGGCAGAGUCUCUCCAGCAUGAAAUAAAAGAGAGAAUGGAUGCUUACAAUGAGCUUUUCUUGUCUCAAGAGCAGCUACAGAAAGAAACAGAAAAGCUGGAAGCACGGAUUAGGGAACUGGAAUUCAGGAAUAUGGAGGAAGCAAAAAAUGCCAAUCAGCUCUCACAAGAACUGCAAAAAAUGAAAAAAAUAGAAGCUGAACUAAAACAAGAUAAAGAAGCAUUGCAGCAACAACAGUACAAUAAUUUAAUUCAAAUUUCUACUCUCCAAUCCAAACUGGAUGAAGUCAGGCACAGAGUGCUUACAGAAGGCAGCUUGGAUCAUAUAUUAAAGGAACAAUUAAAAGCACAAGAGGAACUUCUAGCAAAAAAGAGAGAAGUUGCAGAUCUAAAGGAAGAACUCAAACAACUUAAAGAAAACUUGCUGAAUAAAAAUGAGGAGGUCUUGCAGCUGAGUUCAGAUUUGGAGGUGGAAAGAAGUGUUAAUGUCACCCAAAUAACCCAGCUUCAAGAAGAAAAUGUGUGCCUGGAAGAAACAAUAGAGAAACUUAACAUGCAAAAUCAGGAUCCAGGUGAUACUGAAUCAGCUGUUCUGCAAUUUCUGAAGUCCCUGCUUGAAGAAAAGAAUCAAGAAACAGACCAUUUGAGUGAACAGAUUGUGAGAUUGGAACAUAAGCUAGAAAAAAGCAAGGAAAAUGAGAUUCUAGAAAAGCAAAUGUUCGAAAUUGAGGACAUGAAAUCAGUUAUAGAACAUCUUCGUGCUGACAAGGAACGAUUGCUAAGGGAUAAAACGGAAGAAAUAGACCAGCUUCAUGGAGUAAUUGUUAAACUUCAAAAGGAGUUGUCACUUCUUGAACCCAUGUGUCAUGAAGUCAGUGAUAGCCAAGAUCGUCUAAAUAGCCUGGUUCUGGAAGAGCAAGAGGAAAAUCAGGAACAUAAAUCGGAGAAAGGAUUACUAAAUCAUGUGGAAAGCAGAGCUGAGGAUGACAAGUAUUAUUUACUUCAUUCAGGCCAGAAACAGCUUCAGGAACAACUGGAACUUGUUUUGGCAGACAGAGAAGCUUUGCAACAGCUCCUUAAAGAAAAAGAAUCUCAGUUCAAAAUAGAAAUAAAUAUACUAAAACAAAACCUUCAAAAUGUUCAGGAGUCUGCUGUACAGUAUUUUACAGAACUUACAGCUUUACAUCUACAGUAUAAAGAAUUACAGGAAGAACAAAAGCACCUGAAGAUAUGUUUAACACAAAGAGAUACAGAAAUGACUGUGACCACUUCUUGUAUCCAGGAACUUGAAGAUAAACUGAGAGAGAAAGAAGCCAAACUUGCAGAGAGAGAACAGUUCCAAAGAGUAUUAGAGCAGAAAUUAAAUCAAGCAACUGAAGUACAGCAUAUAAAAGAAAAUGUUGUACAGCUUCAAAAUGAAUUGCAGAUCUUGGUGCAAACACUGCAUGACAAAGAUGUUACUCAUCAGGAAGAGAUUAGCAAACUACAAACUGCUGCUCUGGGAUUCAAGUCUCAGAUUGAGGCAAAUGUGGAAGAACAGGAAGCACUGAGAUCUGAAAGAGAUCUUCUCCACUCGCAAUUGAAAUCCUACAUGGAAAAGGUUCAAGAUGAUAAUAAAGAAACUAAACUUCAUAAGCUGGUGCUAGAACAUAAUGUCCAUGUUUCUUCUGAAGAAAUAAAGGAAGGAGGAGAAGAGAGAGAACCAAGUAAUAAGCCACCAGAAUCCAUUGAAUUAUCCUUUAGUGAUAAACUGGAAAAAAAUGUUGCCAUGUCUAAUCUGAAGACCGCCAACAAAAAUCUUAGCAUUCAAGAUAACCCUCCAGAAGGCAUGCUUUUGAUUCAGGAAGCAGAGAGAACAAAUGCUGUUAAAGAACAGCAAAAUCUAAAGCCCCAUUUUCAACACAGGUUGCAACUUAAUAAUCUUUCUCAAAGCACACAACUGACUCAAAAUAUAUUUGAAAACUUCCAAAGUAUAGUCAUGGAUGAGAUUUCAUGGGACUCACCUGAGAUUAUGAGAAAACAGAAUAGCAUGGAGCUCCAAGCAAGUCUUCCUGUAACACCCUUCUCGGAUGUUGAUGGUAUACACAGCAUAGGCUUUGACAGUUUGUGCUCAGAAUCCUUGGUCCUACAGGGAGACACCUCUGGCUUCCUGGAAUCCGCUAGUUUCUGUCCUAAUGGCAAUGAAGGAACAACAACUCUCCCCUUCCACUUUCCAGCUUUCUCAGGACCUACCUUCUCCGUUAUUGAUCACACUGAUGCACAAGAGAAUAUUCCAGUUAGAGAUGAUGAAAGCUUCGCUCUGAUGCCAUCUGAGUUGCAGGAUGAUGUGAAAUCAACUAUGUCCAGACUUGAAGGUGCAAGCAUUGAAUAUGGCAGCAAUACUAGUGCAAAUGUCGUAUUUCAGCUUAAACAGAAAGAUCUAGAAACUAUAGUUCACCAAGAGAGCAAUAUGAUGGCUUAUCUGCAGUACUUGAGAAUGGUUCCAGAUAUCACUGAACCAACAAUGAAAGAAAAAGACACAUUUUCACAACAAUUGAAGAAUGUCCUGAAGAUGGUAUAUGAAGAGAGCUACAAAAUACUGGUCUUGUCAGAAAACUCUCUGCCUCCUAAUGAUAAAAACAAUGUCCAGCAGGCACUAUCAAUGCAAGGAUGGCAAAGAGAGAGAUUAACCUUGCUUGAAACAGUACAGUCACUGAAGGAUUACCUCAAUAAAGAGCCAAAUAAAGAUGACAAGGAAUAUCCGUCUGCUUGUUUUGACUGGAGAGGAGAACUACUUCAGGCAGUCCAGCUUGUCUUGGAAAAGGAACGGAACUUGUUACAAAGCUACUUGCAGUCACAUUUCUGCAAUCUGGAAGCUGGAGAUGAAGGCUCAUUAGUACAAAAGCUGGAGCAUAUGGUGGAACAACAAGGAAAACAGCAAAAGACAGUUCUGGAGCAUCUUUUGUCUUCAGACAGGAACAGCUUACUUUCUGAAAUACAAGACCUUCAAGCUCAGUUGCGACUGAUGUGUCUUCAAAGUCAGGAGAAGCUGCAGCAAGUCCAAGAAACUCUGAUUAAUACUGAGAAUCAUGGUAGUCAACAAGAACAUCAGCUUCGAAGGCAGGUUGAAUUACUAGAAUAUAAACUUCAGCAGGAGAAGUCCAUUGCAAGUGAUUUGCAAACUUCUCUAAAGUGUGAACAAGAGAAGACCUCUGAAAUGCACGAACUAUUGAAAAAGGAACACACUGCAAUAGUGAACUUGAAAUCAGAUAUCUGUGAAAGCAAGCAAACUAAUGAGAGGCUACAAGAAUCUAUACAGGAACUCCAAAAGAAAGUAAUCAAGUACAGUUCUGAACUGGAAGAUAAAGAAAGAUGUAUGGCAGCUGUGCUUCAAGACUUGCAGAAUGAGCACCUUAAAGAAAGAGAGCUACAGAAUAUGUUAGAUGAACAACAGCAUCAGCAUAAGAUAAGAGAGGAUGAGAAGUCAAAAGCAAUAGAGGAGCUGCAGGCUGCUUUGGAACUACAGUGCAUCCAAAACAAUCAGUUGUCUGUGGCUUUAGAGCAUGAACAGGCAGCAAACAGUAAUCUUCGUAAAGAACUUCAAAUUGAGAAUUCUCGCUUUGAGGCUUUAUUGUCCCAAGAGCAAAAGAAGUUGUUGGAGCUGCAGAAAACUGUAGAUCUUGAGAAGCACCAUAGUUUGGAGCUUUUAAGUGCUUUGAACCAUGAACGUGUUUUGACAGAACAGCUGUGCAAAAGAAUCAAUGAAUGUGCAUCUUGUAAGCAUAAAGAUUCAUUGCAAGAACUUCAAGCUCAGUUGUAUAUAGAGAGGUCCCAUGCUAGGGAGCUAGUAGCCAUAAUUGAGAAGACGUGGCAACAGGUACUUGAUUCCAAGAAACAAACAUGUGCAAUACAGGUGUGCUGUGAAGAACCUCAAAAAGAACAAGACCUCCAUUCCAGUUUACAGGUUACACAGGCAUCUCUGCAAAAUCAGACACAGGACAUUAUCCAUGCCUUUGAGAUACAGAGGGAGAAAGAGGCACAAAUGAAAAGAGAAUGGGAACAAUUGCAGUCAAUCCUCAGAUCUUCAAGAGAUCAGGAGAACCAAAUAGAACAAAGAGCAAAAGAGAGAAGGCUGGAGCAACAAAGAGAAAGUGACAAGUUAAAGGGGCUGCAGAAAGCUCAAGAAAGCCAGCAUGAGCGGGAAUUACAGCAGAGCCAGAACUUUGGAAGACUCAAGGAAUUGCAGCAGAUGCUAGAAGGCCUGAAGGAACAGGAAAGAGACCUUAAUUCUCAUAAAAAUCAACACAAACUUCCUUCAAGUCCUUCAAAAAAUAAUUGGGACACCAACUUAGCCUUUACAGCUGAUACUGCAAUGCUGCAUGUGGAGCAGCAGAAACUAGAAAACAUCAGAAAACAGUUGCAUUUUGCUGCUGCUUUUCUUUCUGAGUUCAUAUAUAAAGCUGUAGACAGCACAGUUACUUGGCCUGCAUCAAAUGAUGAAGCUGUUGAAGCCUUGUUGCUUAUACUUGAGGAACUUAAAGCAGAAUUACUGACCGCUUCCAAAGUUCCGACCAUAUCUACCUAUGGCCUUAACUCCAUGCAAGAACCGGUAGGGAUUACUUGGCAGGAAGCCCAACUUGAUUUGCAGAAUUGUUUGAAAGCAACAGAGUAUGAAGCAACAAAAACUAACUUUGUGAUGGAAAACAAGUCAGUUAUGGGAUCUUCCAACCUGAAGCUGCAGAAAAUAUAUAGGAAGUAUUUGAGAGCGGAGAGCUUUAGGAAAGCUCUGGUGUAUCAGAAAAAAUACCUUCUGCUGCUUCUGGGCGGAUUCCAGGAAUGUGAGCAAGCAACACUCUCCCUGAUAGCACGAAUGGGCAUCUACCCUUCCCCUCCUGAUUUGAAUGUUUCUGAAUCACGGAGUCGUUCUUUUACAAAGUUUAGGUCUGCUGUAAGAGUGGUCAUUGCAAUAUCAAGGUUAAAGUUUCUGGUGAAAAAAUGGCAGAAAAUAAAUAAGAAAGAAACAGCACCAAGAGCCCCAUUUCCAAGCACUGGACACAACUCAUAUGCCAGAGCGAGGAUAGAGGUCUUAAACCAGCAGCAGCCCUUCACACAUGUCACUGUAGAGUCUCCUGCAGCUCAAGAAGCUGGAUACGGCAACGGAAAUGACGUCAAGCGACUUUUGAAUAGUUUGCCUAAAUCAUCACAUUCCUUGCAUAAUGGAUUCUCUAGCUUUGCUUCUCAAGCAUCAUCUAAAGAGCCUGAACAUUCAUUAACUGAAUACAUUGCUCGUUUGGAGGCCAUUCAGCAGCGACUAGGAGUUAUGAUGCCAGGAUUAUCUCCACGACAAGAGAAACCUUAAAUGUGAGAACACUUCUUGGAUCUUUACUACAGAAAACUUGACCUGCCAUUUUCUUCUCCACUCCAGGAAUGCCUUGCACAAGUCACAUAUCUGCCUUACACAUACCCUGUCAACACUGGCAUGCCAUUGAAUAAAAGGGUCUGUGUCUGAGAGAUUUGCAUCAGAUUUUUAUACAAAAUGUUUCUACAUUUUAAUGUGCUUUUACUUUGAGGGCAGUGACUAUGUAAUUUGAAAAUAAUGCAUCACAAUUUUUAUUUGGGAUAACUAGGAAGUUGGCAGCUAAAGCAAGCCUGCAUCACUGUAUUCUUAAUGUUAAGUGCCAAUAUGUGUCUGUUCUUACUAAAAUAAUUCAAUUGGAUUCUACACAAACAGUUAUUAAAAGUCAUUUUGAUCUCUA